AUGACCCUGGAGCAGGAACGCAUGAGGGUGGAACAGGAAGCAGCCCGUCUGGAGAGUGAGCGACAGGCUGCACUUCUGGCCAAAGAGGAACUGGCCCGACACGCAGCGGACCAACAGAAGAGCCAGGAGCAGCUGUCCUUUGAGCUGGCAGAAAGGACAGCCACGAUUGAACGUCUAGAAGAAGCUAAGAGACUCAAAGAAGAGGAGGUGAACUCAUGGCAGCUCAAGGCUCGCGCUGCUCAGGACGACCUGCUAAAGACCAGGGAGGAGCUGAAUCAUGUGAUGGAGCAGCCCCCGCCCCCGCCCCCGCCGCCUUCCACCAUGCUGUAUGACCACCUGGGCGACAACAGUGACAGCGACAGUGAGGAGGGCCACGAGGCACACCUGGACACACUGCACGAAGACUACUCUGAGAGUGAGCGGCUGACUGAGGCACAGAAGAACCUCCGAGUGCAGGAGCAGCUCAAGACCUUGACAGAAGAAUUGGUUCAGGCUCGAGACGAAUCGAAGAAAACCCAGAAUGACCUCCUGCACAGCGCCAACGUGCGCGAGGGCCGCGACAAGUACAAGACGCUGCGGCAGAUCCGGCAGGGAAACACCAAGCAGCGCAUCGACGAGUUUGAGGCCUUGUAA